CUAAAAAUACAUUGGAUUUUACAUCUAAUCAUAGUUUAUUUAAUUAAUAUAUUCAAUGGUCUGAAUAAUAUAUGGGGUAAAAAUGGUAAAGAAUUUAAUCAAGCAGCACCAAUACCAUGGCAACAUAUCUAUUUUUGGAAUAUGCUUCGAAUGACAAGUUACAAUAUCGAAGUAUAAGAAAUUAAAUUAGUUGAAUAUUUUGCUUAUCUUCUUUAUCCACCUCUUUAUUAUUCAGGACCUUUAAUUUAGUUUACAAAUUGGUAAACUCAGAUUAGGAUUAAUUAAUAAGUUAAUAAAAAGCAUAAAUAUAUUAUUAUUGGCUUUUUCUUAUUGACUCUCUAAAUCUUAACAUAAUGUUAUGCAUUAACUAAUCAUUCACAAAAUGAAUGGUUAUGGGAUAAACAAAUUUCAACACUUUCUGGUGUUUCUUUCUUUAUUACUUCAACUAUUCAAAUCUACUUUAAAUUUAUAUUUUUAUGGGCCUUAUAAGAAUGUUGGGCAAGUUAUGAUAAUAUAGAUAUCCAAACUAAUAAUCCUAAACAUAUAUUUAUGAUCAAUUCAGCUUAAUCAUUUGAAAAAUACUUUUGUGCUACUUAUAAUCAAUUUUUAAUCAAAUAUAUCAAAGACAUAUUCUCAUAAAAUACCUAUUUAAAUUUAUUACUCAUUUAUAGUAUUACUAUAAUACUUGUUAAUUGUGAUCUUAAAACUAUUUGGUUAUUUGUGACUCUAUGGCUUUUUCAUGUAUUUGAAGAAAAAGUUUCAAUUUAAAAUAGAAUAAUCAACAUAAUGAUACGUUCUUUCUAAUAAUGUAUCAUAUUAUUAGAAAUUAUAACUAUGUACACUUCAGAUAUCAAUAUAAUAUUGA